GGACGGGGAUCAGUUUGGGCUAGCCCUGUGCCAAUAGGCCGUUGAUGCGACUGACCAGCGUGGUGCUUAUUUGCACUAAUCGCCAUGCGUACCAGCCGGUCACACAUAGAGCGCGUGUAUGUGUGUAUGAUCAAACAAUUAGAAUUCAUGUAAUAAAAAGAUGUUACCUCUUUUCUUCGGCGAGAGUGUGUUAGAUGGAGACAAAAAAUCUUCCGACAAGAACACACCUCGUAUAAAUAGCUACAAAUACGAGAUUUUUGACCAUUCAUUGAUACCUAGUGCAUAAAUUACCAUCGUCGAGUUGUGUACUAAGUAAAACGACAGUUAGGAGAAAAAAUGGCAUUCUUCAAAGUGAGUUGUCUUGUAGUGCUGAUGACGGUUGGAGUAGCGCUGAGCGCCGUGCUUAAAAGUGAAAACCUAGAAUCAGCUGAGCAAAAGGAUGAUCUUGAAGGAGCGGAAACAAUUUUCCUCGGCAAGAAGUUGUUGUUGCUCAAAGGAUUGGGUCUCGGAGGAUUAGCACUGUCUGCAUCCCAGAAUGGUGGUGGACUUGGUGGAUUCGGUGGUAAAUUCAGUGGAUUGAUUGGAGGUGGACCAAACUCGGUAGACUAUGCUGGAUAUGCUCCAUCGUACAGUGGAAGCUAUGUUGCUGCACCAGCUCCAGCACCAGUCGUUUACUCGGCUCCAGCUCCGGUUACUUAUUCCGCCCCUGCUCCAGUCACGUACUCAGCUCCUGCUCCAGUGACGUACUCAGCUCCAGCACCCGUUACCUACCAGGCUCCACUCCCAGCUCCUGUGGCGUACUCUGCCCCGGCCCCAGUUGCUGAUGUUCCAGUUUCGUCUGGAUAUACCGGAAGUUUGCAGGUCGUUGGAUACCUGCAGCCGGUUCAGCCUGUUCAGCCAGUGGCCUACACCAGCCAGGUUUCCACCGGUCUGUACAGCGCUCCUCCACCACCAGCUCCACUUCCUUUGGCCCCUCUGCCACCAUGUGAUCAUUAGGAUCAGCUGAAACCAAGACAACAAGUGUUCACCACCCCCAUCACCGCCAGUUUCACUUUCAGGGAUACUAAAAUGCUCUUAUAUCAGUAUCUGAUAUUACGUACUUUUAGCCAUUUUUUCAACUAGGAACUAACUCGUGUACGUUUUGAAUAAGAAUAUACCAUUAAAUCGA